UAGACACUCAAAAUGAACGAGUCCAAACUUAAUUCAGCAGCAAAAUGUUUCUAGUGCUGGUGUUAAUUUCAUUAUUAUCCUGUUCUUCAGAAACUCCAACAAUAAGCGAUGGUAGAAUUGUUGGAGGUCACGAUAUUCCAAUCGAAGAAGUACCUUACCAAGUUUCUCUACAAUACAACAACUCACAUUAUUGCGGAGGCACCGUCAUAGCAGCCAACUACAUUCUCACCACUGCACACUGCGUAGAAAGCACACUUGAAUACCCUUGGUCAAUCCGCGCAGGUACCUCUAUUCGCGAAGAUGGUGGUCAAGUAAUAACUGUGAGAACACUCACCAUGCACCCCUUAUAUAACCGCGAUAACGGAUCUCCCGACUACGACAUCGCCGUUUUAGAACUAACAGCAAAUUUGCAGUUAGGUCUCCAAGUAGCCGUCAUAAGUCUUCCGUCUGAAAAUCAAACGUGGCCAGCUGGUACUGAUGCUCUUAUUAGUGGCUGGGGGCUUACAGAGAAUUCCACAAAAGCUCUUAAUUUACAAGGUGCUACAGUUCAACUCAUUGAUAGAAAUUCUUGUGUAGCUGUUUAUGGUUAUUUUGUGACUGAUCGUAUGUUUUGCGCUGGAGUUGAUGGAGGCGGAAUCGACGCAUGCGACGCUGAUUCUGGGGGUGCAUUACAAAUAGAAGGUAUUUUAGUGGGACUCAUCUCUUUUGGAGUGGGUUGUGGACGUCCUGAUUAUCCGGGAGUUUACACCAACGUUAGUGUUCUUUUAGACUUUAUCCAGGACGUGACUGGUUUGUAAACAUAAAGAUGAAGUCCUGAUCUGUAUAAUAGCAUUAGUAUUACACUGAUAGGUACUAGAUCCCAUGUAAAUAAAAUAUUUAAACUGUGAAAAAAUCAAUAUAUUAUUUAAAAUUUAA